UUUUUUUUUCCUCCAGUGUUGGGAAAUGUCACAGCAGAGCCCCACUUCUUCUAAGAUGACUAGUGGCAUAGCAAUUGGAGUGUGUCUUUGAGCCUGAAAUGUACCAGAAAACACCAGCAGAAUUACCCUUUUUAAGCUGUAAAAAAGGAAUCCAGACAUAAACAUGAUUGGACGACUUGUGAAAACAAAGUUCUGGUUUUGCUGCUUCCUGGUUUGCAGACUUAUUGGAACUAGUGCAUCCUGGGAACACAGAAACAUUUCUGAAGAUUUCAAGCUCUCACAGACAGUCCUCCAGAGUCCUGAUGGAGUUUUUGAAUAUGUAAAUGUUUCCCUGGAUUUCAGGCAUGCAGAGAGAUACUGCAGACAACAAUUCAGCCUGUUGCCCAAUGACACCUCACAGGAUGAUCUGGAAUCGACAAAGAAUUUGCUACUGGCCCUGGGGGUCAGCGAUCCGGUAUGGUUAAGGAACUCGAGCGCUCAUGGAUGGGGGAACCCAUGGGCCACUGGAGGGCAGAACAGCCAUCAUUUGCUAUCCAUUUUGAUGUUCCAAGAGAUAACACACACCAAGUAUGCCAAGGUCAACCUCCAGUUUCCUGUAUUGUCUGAGAUCACAGUCUGUGCAAUGGUUCAAUGGGACAACAAAACCCAGGGAGUUUCCACCAUCUUCUCUUAUGCAGAACCUUUCUUUAUCAAUGCAUUUCAACUGCGAGGGCAAACGGACGAACAUGGCAACAUAAACAUGGCUUUAAUUGUGCAUGGACAUCACACGCCCUACAAAAUGCUGCUCAGAAAUGAUGGGGAGUGGCAUCACCUCUGUGUCACCUGGCAAAAAGCUAAGGGGACCUGGGCAAUCUACAUUGACAGGAAGAAGGGAAACUCUGGCAGUGGUCUCUAUGCAAGCAACGAUAUUAAUGGUGAUGGCAUGUUUAUCAUUGGACAAGACCAAGACACUCUGGGAGGAACUUUUAAUGAGGCUUUCUGUGGUAACAUCACAGCGUUGAAUAUCUGGAAUAAGACCCUGAGUGAAGAGCAAGUGGCAGGGGUCAGUCCCUGCUCAAUGAUCACGCAGAACCUGUUGUUCCAUUGGGAUUUAACUAAGAUAACUGUUGAAGCAACAGUAGAGCGGUCUUUGAUGAAGCUUAUGUGCCCAGAUCUUAAAUCUCUACCCAAUAAAGAAUGCAGGUCCUUUCAGAUCACCCCAGGAACGCAGCAGCAAACACAUGGCUACAGCCCCUGCACAAGACCUCUAGCAUUCGUGUGCAAACACAAAAAAGGUACAUAUUUGAAGUUAAAGGAAAUACAAGAAGCUCAUGAAGAAAAUAACACUCAGUUCAUCGACUAUUUGAUUAAACUUACCAACAGUUCCACGAUUGAAGAAAGCAUGUCUGCUCAGUAUUUAGUAAACCUGAGUGUCUCUGAAGUGCACAAGAUCCUGCAGUACACACACCAAGCCCUCAGAGAAGGCGAUGGGGAGCUAGAGCCGUCUGACCUGCUGGCGCUAGUGCAGUUUCUGAUGCACGUGGCCGACAUGGAUGUUAAAGCCAGCGAGAGCACAGUAAACAUUGGGGAACUCAGCAGGAACUUCAUUGCAAUAGCAGGUGCAAUGUUUGCAAAGGACCAUGUCAGCAAGUGGGCAGCAAUCAGGGAGCUUGUAAAUGGACCCAUGACGGUGGUCCAGAGCAUUGACAGGAUGGCUGCCAAUCUUAACCUGCUGCUGACAGCUGGAAGCAGUGAGAUGGUGAUAGACAGCAGUAACAUCAAACUCAAAGUAAAACAGAGAGUCCUCAGCCAUGAUUCCUCUGGCGCUGACUUCUACGGGCUGCAAUCUGGUAAUGAGAGCACUGGCGAUUACAUUUCAGUUCCUCCAGAACAAAUCAAAGAACUUCAUCGAAAUGGUUUUAAAAAACUUACCUUUGUUAACACGUGGUAUGGCUCCUUGCAUCCCUACUUCGAAAGUGAAAACAAUAUCAUUGAGUUUUCUGCAGUUUCAGAUGGAAGCCGCAAGUAUGUGGGUACAGUGCUGGGGUCUUCUGUUAUCUCUACCACUAUACUAAGCGAUGCUCAACAAAUUAACAUGGCUGUACACUACCAGCUUCAGCACAGAGUUGAGUAUACCCCUGGAUUAGAAUUCGAGCCUGUUUGUGUAUUCUGGGAUUUCAACCUCAGGAUGGAGAAGGGAGGGAGCUGGUCCACAACAGGGUGUACCGUAACUGCCCUGGGUUAUAAAUCAACAUCCUGCUUCUGUAAUCACACCACCAACUUUGCCCUGCUGUUACAAGUGUAUGAAGUGCAACGAAGCCCAGCGGAAGAAUCUACUCUAAGGAUGCUCACAUUCAUUGGUUGUGGGGUGUCCCUCUGUGCCCUGGCCUUGACCUUCAUUCUGUUCAUUGCUGUGGGCGUUCCAAAUUCAGACCGAACUACAGUCCACAAGAAUCUCAUCUUUGCAUUGGCAACUGCAGAAACCCUGAUUCUGUUCAGUGAACUGGCGAGCAGCAACAAGGUGCUGUGCAUGGCUGUCACAGCUCUGCUUCAUCUCUUCUUCAUGGCUUCCUUCACCUGGAUGCUGGUGGAAGGUCUUCUGCUCUGGAGCAAAGUGGUUUCUGUGAAUAUCAGUGAAGACAGGAGGAUGAAGUUAUACUAUGUCAUUGGUUGGGGAUUGCCAGUCAUUAUUGUUGGCAUCACCUUGGCAACUUCCUUCAACAAGUACAUGGCAGACAAUCACUGCUGGCUGAAUGUGCAGACAGAGAUCAUCUGGGCUUUUGUUGGGCCUGUACUGUUAGUCCUGUCUGUCAAUGCCUUUGUGCUGUUUCGCGUGGUGAUGGUGACGGUUGCUAGCGCACGGAGGCGCUCCAAGAUGCUGACGCCAAGCAGUACCCCGCAGCUCAAAGCCUUGGACCUGACAUGGGCAACCAUUAAACCAGUCCUCGUCCUCCUGCCACUGCUGGGUCUGACCUGGUUGUGUGGAGUCUUGGUUCACUUCAGUGUUGUUCUGGCUUACAUAUUCAUUGCAAUGAAUGCAUUUCAGGGUCUUUACAUAUUCCUGGUUUAUGCUGUGUACAACAGUGAGGUGAGGAGUGCUAUAAAAAGAAUGAAGGAAAAGAAAAAGGCUCUUUCUUUUACAAACUGCUCCCAGCCAAUAAGUUUCCUGACAACUCAAAAAACUACAGAUUCUUGGGAUCAUGGGAAAUGUAGUAUUUCUACCCCAGAAAGCAGCGUGUCUUCACCAAAACAAUGUGGCUCCACAAAAAAAUCCCUGGUCUUAAAAAAUGAGGGAUUCAGAAAAGAAAGCGUUGCGACCGCUUCCUUGAAUCAGGCUGUUCAGCUGACAUCCUUCAAACCAUCAGGCUGCUGAGACUUGCAGAAUCAUGUAGAAGACAAACCACUGUGAAAGAACUUCCUGGAGCUCCUGGGCGCAGUGCAGUGCAGCCUGGAAAGCAGCGCAAGCACAUACAUGCUUUAUCAUACCGUGUGUCACUCCUUCUCUUUCCAUUAUGAGUGUCUGCUUUGUUUUCAGUAUCAAUACAAUGCCUUAAAAAGUUAAAUUCCACUGCACAAAAUAACAGUAGCGAGCUCCCAUGCUGUUGGUUUUGAAUAGAAACAGCUUCAGCAGUGGAUUGACUAUUUGGGAACACAAUUUAUGACAGGGCACAUGUUAUUGAAAUAAAUACCAAAGCGAUAAUUCUCUGAUGCCGUGAUAUAUCAGUAUGGAUUGAAAAGCAAGUCCUUCCCAAUGACAUGUUAAGUUUGUUUUCCUCCUCCUUGCCUUUUUGAUGUGCGCAGUGAUGCAGUGUUCCUGUUGCAGUACUUUUUUAACUCUUUGAUGGAAUCUGUAUUCGGGGGGUAAGUUCAGAAGCGGCUCCUCUUUUCUAGUUGUAAUAUACAGCACAGACCACAUCAAUGUCUUCAUAGUAUGAAGAGCCAAUGCCAUCUAGUGAACUCAUUAGUAUUGCCAGAAAUAUAUAAGAAAACCCAUUCGUUUCACUAGAUGGACAGAUAUUAUAUAUUUGAGUGAUUGCAAUAGGAAGCACUCUGCAUGAUUGCGAACAUCAUAAGGUACAUUUGAAAAAAAUCUCGGAUCUUGUGAAGUUGGGCAAAGGCUAAGCUGCUCAAAUUGUGCAAAAUGAUGUAUUUUAUUAUAAGUCACCUUACCCACCACAUUUUAACUUAUUUAGAACACAAGAACAAAGGUUGUACAGAGAAACUACUAGUGAUUGUAAUAAGUAUUGGUUUGUUUUUUUUAACACUAGAAUUGCGCUACGUCUUCUAAGCAAAGGCUGAUAUCUGCAUAUGCUGGGCUUGUGGCCCAUUACAGUGAGUGGUUCAUUUUAUGUGUGAAUAACAAUACAGAAUCAUUGAGAGGGGAUAGAAGAAGAUUGUGUACUGUAUAAUGACAGUAUAAUUAAUGUGUGGUAUCCAAAUAAUUACUGACUAUAUUGAACCAUGCAUGCCUUAAAUGAACCAUGUUCCACUAUCCUCAGGGCUGCAGAAGUUUUGUUGUAUUGUUUCCUGUGUACUGUAAUCCCAAGUAGCCUCUCCUUUUUGGGGGCAGUUUAAGAGUGCAGAAAUGUUUAUGCUGUGUGGUGUAGUUCUGCACAAUAUAAUUGUAGUUCUGUACAAUUAAAUGUGCUAAAUUUGCUUAAAUUAAUGGCACGUGAAUAAGAGGGUUUGCAGUAUAUUCUCUAAGUGAAAAAUAAAAUGCAAAAUCUGGAAUUGAGAUCAUAUUAAACAAUUCGACAAUCCUAGAAUUUAAAUAAACACAAUCUUACAGCUGCUAAUAUAUUUUUGAGAUCACAAAAGAACUAGUUGAAAUGUUUGUCAUUGAAUUUACUCAGAUUCUUUUACCUUUUCAGCUUUGGCAUAAUAUCCACAGCUCCCCUUCACUGGGUGGUUGAUCUUUCCAUUUUAAAUGCUUUUUCUUCACUUUGGAUUCUAAGAUACAACACUAUAAGAGCUCCUUAAAAAUCAAACCUGUAUUAAAGAACACAAUAAAAAGAAUCCAGUGAAGCUAAUGAUACCUGUUUUCAAUGUUUCAUGUGAGCUCUUGAAGCUGACAUAUUGUCCGACACAUUGUAGAAAUAUAUAUUAGGUAACGUUGCCUGUCAUUUUUUUAAAAGAACAUGACAUUAGCUAUGGUCUGGCCUGGUCUCCAAGUGAAAUGAGGUGGUCCCCGAGUGGCUCACCUGGUAGAAGUGCAGCCGCGUGGUGCGCAGGGUGAGUCAUACAGUGCCGGCAGGGCAGAGUAUGCCGGUGGGGAAUCCGAAGGGAGCGUCUCAUUGGCCCGGGUGCUCCCGUGGGUUAGACAGGUAAAACCGGUAGGGACUGUUUCUCCUCAUUGCUCCCCUGUUGCUGGACAGGCGCCCGGUGUGCUCAGGGCAGACACCGCAUGGCUGGCGUUUGUCCUCCAGAGGUCGAUAGCUUGCUGACAUCUGCUGUCGAGUUUUUGGGUGAAAAAGGAAGCUGGCUUUAAGAGGACGCCCACUUAAUCUUCGGGUCUCUUGAGCCAUUUGAGGAAUUGCUGUGGUGAGGAGAAAAGCUAUUGGGCACUCCAAUUUUCUCCAAAUUUGGGGGGAAAAUUUAUAAUUGG